AUGGCGCAAGACUCGAACCACGCAAUCGUUUUCGGGGCAGCUGGAUUACUGGGCUGGUCCGCAGUGAAUCAACUUCUCUCUGGCUACCCUACUUCCCGCUCGUUUUCCCGAGUCACAGCUGUGCUCAAUCGUUCUUUGCCAGAAGCGGAACUCCACUGGCCGUCUGAAGGUCCAGAUAGACCGCAGCUACAGAUUGUCUCAGGAAUGGAUCUCCUCCAAGGAACAGGAGACGACCUGGCAAAGCAAUUGAAGGAGAAGGUUGACGGAGUGGAGCAGAUAACUCAUGUUUUUUACUUUGUGUUUGCCUCCCUCAAUGAGGAUGCCGUCAAAGAAUACACACAAAACUGUGGCAUGAUGCAGAGACUCGCGGAUGCCCUCAACAUGGUAGCACCAAACCUACAAACCUUUGUCUAUUCCGGUGGCACCAGAGUGGCAUAUUCCAGCCACCCCUUGUGGAAUCCAUGGCCGACAACCUCCCAGACGACUACGCCAGGACAGUUGCUUACCCUUGGUUCCGCAAAAUCCUCACAGAGUCCAGCAAAGGACGCAGUUGGACCUGGACCGAGGUCUGACGCCGUCGUGGGCUUUACGCCGAAUGGCUCUGCCUUUUCUCUGACGCUCCACUGGGCGCAAUAUCUUUCUCUGUACGCUUACAACCAUGGAAUCCGACCAGAUGAUACAUCCAGUUCAAACAAGUAUGAGGUGGAAGUACCCUUUCCGGGAAAUGAAGCUGGAUAUCAAUCUCUCUUGACGCCGGUCUCUGAGAAGAUUCUCGGUCGAAUUGCCAUCCAUGCAGCCCUCAACCCUGAUAAAUGCGGUCAGAAAAUCAUCAACAUGGUGGAUAACGACCGCCCCGUGAACUUUGCCGAAUUAUGGCCUGCCAUCGCCAACUGGUUCGGGCUAAAGGGAGUAGGACCCUCGGAAACAGGUGACGCUUUGAAGCCGGGAGAAUAUGUGACCAAGUUCCGUCAUCUGUUUACGGAGAACGGACGACCGAAAGGAGUGACGUGUGGUGUAGGUGCUGGAAGUGCCCAGUUGGAUUCCCUGGGAUGGUGGUUGUCUUUCCAUCGUCAUUUAAGCUCAGAGAGGUUGCGGGGGUUAGGGUUCACUGAGCAAAGAAACCCCGUUGAAGGCUGGCUGGAUGCAUUCGAGAGAUUCAGAAAAGCUGGGAUUAUCCUUUAA